AUGCUGACCUAUGGGUUUGCACGAAGCUCACCGAAACUCAAAGAUAUUCUGUUUGCGUAUUGUCAAAGAUUUCACUCGUGCAGCCUAAUUCAGCCGGAAGGCUUUGUUAAGGUUGCUUGGGCUUGCCGAAGUCCUGCAAUGCGUCAGAUAUUUGACAACCACUUUCACUUCCACCAUAACUCCGUGGCACGACGAUCUCUUACACCAGCCCAUGACCAUCACGGGCGGCUGGAGACAGACUCUAGAGUGCUAUGGGCCAGACAACAGAAAAUACUAUCGAGGAAGAAAAGAGAUCUUAUAACAAUACCUGACAGCGUUUCGACAGCUGAAACUGAGUCGUCAGCUGGUCCAUCUCCCUCUUCAGCGACGAAAAGAGAAGCCGGAUCGAAGAGAGAGCUCCAAAACACAAGAGUAAAAGGUCGGCCGCGAUCUACGGAUAUGAGAUUUGUGCUUAAUGAUCCCAAAUGGCCUCAUAUGUGGUAUUUGAACCGCGGUGGUGGACUUGACAUGAACGUGAUACCAGCUUGGCGGGAAGGCGUCACAGGUCGAGGUGUCGUUGUUACAAUCCUUGACGAUGGACUGGAAACUGAUCAUCCAGAUAUAGUGUCAAAUUACGAUCCAAUGGCGUCAUAUGACGUAAAUUCACACGACUCAGAUCCUCAACCACGGUAUGACAUGAUCGACUCCAACCGUCAUGGAACCAGAUGCGCCGGAGAAGUAGCUGCCACAGCUAACAACUCAUUAUGCGCUGUUGGUGUUGCGUAUGAAGCCAGUGUUGGUGGUGUCAGAAUGUUGGACGGUGAUGUGACUGACGCAGUCGAAGCUAGGUCAUUAAGUCUGAAUCCGCAACACGUUGACAUCUACAGCGCGUCUUGGGGUCCUGAUGAUGAUGGCAAGACCGUUGAUGGACCUGGAGAACUGGCAACGAGAGCGUUUAUUGAAGGUGUUAAUAAGGGUCGUAAUGGCAAGGGCUCUAUAUUUGUUUGGGCUUCGGGUAACGGGGGCAGAGAGCACGACAACUGCAAUUGUGAUGGAUAUACAAACUCUAUCUGGACUUUGUCAAUAUCUUCGGCCACUGAACGAGGCGAGGUUCCGUGGUACUCAGAAAUGUGCAGCUCUACUCUCGCUGCGACUUACAGUAGUGGAGCUGUGCUUGAGAAGCAGGUGGUAACUACAGAUCUACAUCACACAUGUACAACAAGCCACACGGGUACAUCAGCCUCUGCUCCCCUUGCUGCGGGAAUUUGUGCUUUAGCCUUACAAGCCAAUAAGGAACUCACGUGGAGGGAUAUGCAGCAUAUUGUGGUUCGAACAGCACGACCUGAACGACUGAGCACGGGUGGUGAAUGGCGAGUGAACGGUGUCGGUCGGAACGUUUCUCAUUCGUUCGGCUACGGCCUUCUCGAUGCAGCAGGCAUGGUACGACUUGCCAGGUCUUGGAAAACAGUACCUCCGCAACGAAGGUGUGAACUGGCCGCUUCAACGCCCCAGAGAGCUGUACCACCGAAGUCGUCAAUAUCUUUACGGUUGGACGUGAGCGCCUGCCCCGGGGUAAACUACCUAGAGCAUGUCCAAGCGCGAGUAUCGUUAUCGGCAACUCGUCGUGGUGACCUACGUAUCACACUCACUUCGCCAGCUGGUACUCGGGUCACUUUACUGACGCCCAGACAGCACGACUUGUCCCGCUCUGGGUUCAAUUCCUGGCCAUUCAUGUCAGUUCACAUGUGGGGCGAAUCACCCCUUGGCGAGUGGCUGCUUGAAGUUUCUAAUGAGGGAAGAUUUAUGGGUCGAGCGACAUUACAAGACUGGUCAUUAACUUUCUACGGAACGAGCAUACCGGCUGCUAAAAACGAUCCGAUACCCUUCAGAAAUCCAAUAAUACGUAAGAGUAACGCGACGAGACCCGUCGUAGUGCAAGCGGGACGAAAGAACAAAGGGAAGACCAUUCCAAUAGUCCCCACAUAUACAGUGGGAUUAGUGAAGCGAAAAAAGAAUAAGAAUUCCAAGAAUCCCAACAGAAAUGCGCAGAAAUCAAAACAGAGCCGUCCGGCAACUCGUUCGCCGAUAGAAAGCUCGACGUUGCGAACGACGGCCCCAGAUUUGAGUAUGAAUUUGCGGGGAGAUCUGACUGACCCCCUGGCUGACGCUAGAGGACGCAAGAUGUCAAGCCUGUUCGAGCAAUAUCCGAAAAUCCAGAGAAUAUAUCCGGCGCCGCUGCAAGCCAACGCGGGGCCAUUAAGCCAAUGGGAGUUAAUAUUCUACGGUACUGAAACGCCGCCGCAAGAUAACGACGCGUCACCUGAACGCCCCAAGUUUCCCGAAAUCCCGUCUUGGAGUGGAACAAAUGAAAAUAACCAUCUGCCACCUGAACCACCAGAGGAACCCAAACAUAACUCCAUAGAUGAUGACCUAGCUCUCGUCUGGCACGACUCACAUGCUAUUCGGGAAGAAAGUCCUGGAAAUGGAAUGGCCGGAAGCGGGUGUGCCACACACGCCGUCCAAGCUCCACAUAGAUGUUUAGGUUUGUGUUUACUUGUCCUCAUACUUACAGCGGCCGACGCUUAUUUAACACUAACUGGUAUCAGCUUAGGGAGAGGCAGGUAG